AGCAGAGUGGGACCGAAGCUGGUGGCGCCGAGGCUCCGAUGAGGCUGCGGGGCGCGCCACACCCCGGCGGCCAGGCGGUGGCAAAAAUGCCGGCCUCUGUUGCGCGGCCCCGACCGCGCCCGGGGCCGUCCCCGGCCUCGCCCUUACCCCUGCUGCUGCUGCUGCUGCUGGAGGUGCUAAGCGGCCCGGUGUGUGGCCGCGUCCCCCCUUCGGUGCCCAGGAUCUCGCUUCCUAUCUCCGAGGCUGACUCCUAUCUCACCCGGUUCACCAUCCCUCAGACAUACAAUUACUCCGUUCUCCUUGUGGAUCCUGCUUCCCAUAUGCUUUAUGUCGGCGCCCGGGACACCAUCUUCGCUUUAUCCCUGCCCUUUUCAGGGGAGAGACCUCGCAGGAUUGACUGGAUGGUGCCUGAGGCCCACAGACAGAACUGUAGGAAGAAAGGCAAGAAGGAGGAAGAAUGUCACAAUUUUGUCCAGAUUCUCGCCAUUGCCAAUGCCUCUCACCUCCUCAUUUGUGGCACCUUCGCUUUUGAUCCGAAGUGCGGGGUUAUUGAUGUGUCCAGUUUCCAGCAGGUUGAAAGACCUGAGAGUGGCCGGGGGAAAUGUCCUUUUGAGCCAGCUCAGCGGUCAGCAGCUGUAAUGGCUGGGGGCAUCCUCUACGCUGCCACUGUGAAAAACUACCUGGGGACGGAGCCGAUUAUCUCCCGGGCUGUGGGUCGUGCUGAGGACUGGAUUCGGACAGAGAUCUUGCCAUCCUGGCUUAACGCCCCAGCCUUUGUUGCAGCAGUGGCCUUGAGCCCAGCCGAGUGGGGGGAUGAAGCCGGAGACGAUGAAAUCUACUUCUUCUUUACGGAGAUUUCCCGAGCUUUUGAUUCAUACGAACACGUUAAGGUCCCGAGGGUGGCCCGUGUGUGUGCGGGGGACCUUGGGGGCCGGAAGACCCUCCAGCAGAGGUGGACGACCUUUCUGAAGGCUGACCUUCUGUGUCCAGGGCCUGAGCAUGGCCGGGCCUCCAGUGUCCUGCAGGACAUGGUCAUUCUUCGACCUGAGCAUGGAGUGGGGAUGCCCAUCUUUUAUGGCAUCUUUUCCUCCCAGGAAGGGGCUGCCAUCUCUGCUGUCUGUUCCUUCCGACCACAAGACAUUCGGACAGUGCUGAAUGGUCCCUUCAGAGAGCUUAAACAUGACUGCAACAGGGGACUGCCUGUCAUGGACAAUGAUGUACCCCAGCCCAGACCUGGAGAGUGCAUCACCAACAACAUGAAGCUCCAGCAGUUUGGCUCGUCACUCUUCCUUCCUGACCGUGUGCUCACCUUCAUCCGGGACCACCCACUCAUGGACAAGCCAGUGUUUCCAGCUGAUGGCCACCCCCUGCUGGUCACUACAGAUACAACCUACCUCAGAGUCGUGGCCCACAGGGUGCCCAGCCUCUCAGGGAAAGAGUAUGAUGUGCUCUAUCUGGGGACAGAGGAUGGACACCUCCACCGAGCAGUGCAAAUUGGAGCCCAGCUCAGUGUUCUUGAGGAUCUGGCCUUAUUCCCAGAGCCACAGCCAGUUGAGAAUAUGAAAUUGUAUCAAAGCUGGCUCCUGGUUGGCUCCCGUACUGAGGUGACACAAGUGAACACAACCAACUGUGGCCGUCUACAGAGCUGCUCAGAGUGCAUUCUGGCCCGAGACCCUGUCUGUGCCUGGAGCGUUCGGCUAGCUGCGUGUGUGGCCCACACUGGAGAGCAUGAAGGGCUGGUUCAAGACAUAGAGUCAGCGGAUGUCUCUUCUUUGUGUCCUAAGGAGCCUGGAGAACACCCAGUGGUGUUUGAAGUUCCUGUGGCUACAGCUGCACAUGUGGUCUUACCAUGUUCCCCGAGCUCAGCCUGGGCAUCCUGUGUGUGGCACCAGCCCAGCGGAGUGACUGCACUCACCCCCCGGCGGGAUGGGCUAGAAGUGGUGAUAUCCCCAGGGGCCAUGGGUGCUUAUGCCUGUGAAUGUCAGGAAGGUGGGGCAGCUCGUGUGGUAGCUGCGUACAGCUUGGUAUGGGGCAGCCAGCGGGGCGCUCCAAGCCGGGCUCACAUAGUGGGGGCUGGACUGGCAGGCUUCUUCCUGGGAGUUUUUGCAGCAUCCCUGACUCUCCUUCUGAUUGGUCGGCGUCAGCAGCGACAACGACAGAGGGAACUUCUGGCUAGAGACAAGGUGGGCUUGGACCUGGGAGUCCUACCAUCUGGGACCACAAGCUACAGCCAGGACCCUCCCUCUCCCUCUCCUGAAGAUGAGCGGCUGCCCCUGGCCCUGGCCAAGAGGGGCAGUGGCUUUGGUGGCUUCCCUCCACCCUUUCUGCUUGAUCCUUGCCCGAGCCCACCCCACAUUCGGUUAACUGGGGCUCCUCUAGCCACAUGUGAUGAAACAUCCAUCUAGGGCUGGGCAAAUAACCACUAGUGCAUGAGUGACCACUGGAUGGAAUGACCAUUGGGACGCUGGGGGUCGAUGGUCAUGGAAGAUCGUCGUGGCCUCUGAGUUUUCUUUGUCUUUUGAAUGAUCACUUCAAAUUCCCUGUCUGCCUUUUCUGGGCCUGGAUGGGCUCAGGGCCAGGGCUUUGCCUGAUUCCCAUAAGAGAUCAGAAUUACUCUUGCAGUGAAUCAGGACUUUCCCUGCCCCUGCCCUCUCAACCCCUAUGACCCCUUCAGCCCACUAUCUUGGGCCCAUUAGUUUGGGGCUAGGCCCCAGGACAUCGCUGUGACUUUGCUUUCCGUUUGGGCCCUGGCCAGAAGGAGGAGCCGUGGAAGUGCUAGGGGACUAAUGUGCACUGACUCCUUUUGCUGGUUCUCCCAGUUUAUCUGAUUCUCUGUGGAGAGUGCAUGAUUCCCCAACUGCAACAUGCAAUCUCUGCCCUGAGAUCUACCCCAUCCCAGUUUUCCUUCUUCCAUGAAAGAGCAUGUGUAAAUACACAGAUGUUCAUAGGUGACCUGGACACAUGUGCAUGGAUGACUGGUGUAUUCAUGGGAGGUUGAGAGGGUCAGGUUGGAAUGAGGGCAAUACCUACAGGACUUUAGACCCUGUAGCCAGUGAGGGAAUGGCUCUCCUUUCUAAAAGGAGAAAACCACUUCCAUGUCUCCAUCACCUCUCACAGCCCUUCUGUUGAGUAGAGAAAAACUCCCAAAGUGACCUUCUGGGUGGGAAAGGCAAUGGUACAUCUGACCCCAUCUUUCUCUUUGUUUUUGCCUUCUGGCUGCCACCACUGCCAUGCACAGCUGCUCUUUCUCUGGCUAGAACCCUUUCCUUGGCUUCUAUUAAAACUUCACAACAUUCUAAAUAUCAGGGGAUGAAAAAAGUGGAACAAUCAUGGGAAAUACAAGCCGCACAAAGAUAGGUUUAUAUCAGUGACUUUAUGACUUUACUCAGGUUGAUACCCUUGCUCUAAAGCAGGAGUUCACCUGGGGUCCAUGGCCUCCCUGAAAUCGCAUGCAAGAUGCUGUCUGUAUAUGUGUGUCUGUAUUUUUCUGGUGGUGGUGGGGCUUGGUUUGUGAACUCUCAUUAGAUUCUCAAGCCUUAACAAAGUUAAAGGACCACUGCCCCAAGGUCACCACAUGUUGGCCAAGCUGAGGUGGUGACAGGCAGGGGCAGCUCUUCCUGCCCUUUGGCCAGCCCCUGGACUGGCAGCCACUGGAUACCUUCUUGUUGCUCCAUUUCCUGGAAGGUGGGCUCUCUGCAUAUUUGAAGACACUGUCAGCUCUCACCAAAUUUAAAGACCUCUUCCUGCUUCACAACUCUCAGAUGCUCUAGGCUUCUCCUGCUCAGUUCCUGUCUUGGCCUGUGAAUGUGCCUCAUUCAUCCCUGCCGAGGGACUCCCUUGAGCUCCAGUGAAUGGUCCAGCCUUCCCCAGUUGAAGUUUUCAGCUCUACUUGCCUUGGCAGCAGCCUGUGAACUACUCAAGAGUCCCCUUGGGUCUUGAAUUAUCGAUGGUUUUGCCAUUAAUAAGUGUAUGUUCCUCAGCAAGUAAUCUAACCUUGGAACUAUGGUUUACUCAUCUGUAAAGUGGAGAUAAUAAUACCUACCUCAGGGUUGCUGCAAGGAUUAAAUGAGAGAACAUGUAAACAAUAAAGCACUCUCUAUACCAGUAGAGGUUGUUAUUGUAAGAACUGGCCUAUUCUGCCAUAAUCAUGUAGCUUAACCAUCUGAUAAGCAUGACGCAUGCAGUCACUUUAAGCCUCAUUUGGUGGGAGGAGAGUCAUUGCCUCACACAGACAUCCUGUCCUGGGGCAUCUCUGGUGAGAUCUUAGCUGCUAGUGUCUAGGUUUUGGGAGGCAGGGGCUGUCAUUUUCAUAAUCUUCACAUGUCUUGGCGACCUUAUUGGUCUUUCUAUAUGGGAAUGGAGGGGGGCUCUGUAUUCUUUGGUUUAUCCUUACUCACUCUGCUCUCUUGAGGUUAUGGGUUAGUUUCAUUUCCAGGAAUGAAGGGAAAUGGGAGAUUUCAGCAGGAUCUGGGAUCUCUGUGAAAAGGGGAGAAGAGUUUCCCAACGAGGGGGAACCAGAUCACAGUGGAUUUGGGGCAUUUGGUCCUUGGGUAGUGGCUCUGGUUGGAGGAAGAUGGGAUGAGGAAUGUAGGAAAACUGAGGAAGGAUGGAAAUAGACAUGAAGGGAGGAGAGCUACAUCUUAGACUGUGGAAAGUUCAAGCCCCAAGAGUGAGUGAUAGCAUGGAAAUGUGAAACCAGAUCCCAAAGAGAUACGUGUGAAUAACUGAUUGCAUUAUCUUUGGACUGUGGGGGUGUGGGAUGGGAGAGGAUCCAAUGAUAAGGGAGGUGAAGGAGGGUACAGGGUUCCGGCAGGUAGAAUUGUGAGGAUUCUGGCAACCAGAGACCUGACUGGCUUUUGCGCAUAAAAGCAGCCAGGGAGAGGGUUGGGGAUGGGGCUUGUGUUUGUGUUUACCUCCAAACUCUAAAGAUUGCCCGCUUUCUGGCCUUCACUCUGAAAUUCGCCUCUGUUUUUGGUUCUGGUCCCUGGUCCAUAAAUUGUGACUCUCAGCUUGUCACCCCUAACCAGUGGUCUGCUGCUACCCACGUGACCUUACUGAAAGUAGAGCCAGAAAGAGAUGCUCCCUGUUCACUCUCAUGAACCAAGUGAAUUCCAGCAUACCGCUGGCCCUAACCCAACAGGAGGCAGACUCACAUCUUUUCCCAGGAGUCUCCUGGCUCCCUAGCUUUCCGCAGUAGCCCCACAAGUGAUGGCAGGAGAGGGCUCCUUUAGGUAUCGGCUGGGCCUUGUCCCUCCUGGCUACUCUGCCCCUGUCAGAGGGGGGCGGUCAUGGCUACAACAGACUGUUCUUGGUCACCUGCACAGAGAUCCUAUCUCACAGGUGUGGGGAUUGAACUUGCCUUUUUGGUUGUAGUAGAGCCAAGGUUGGAAUUUUUUUGUUUUUGUUUUUGUUUGUUUUUGCGGUACGCGGGCCUCUCACUGUUGUGGCCUCUCUCGUUGCGGA